ACAAUAUUUGGCGGAUAAAACACAUCGAUUUCCGCCAUCACAGAAAGGGGAAGAGAAACUGCGAAUAAAACGCUCGUUACACACCACAUCACUUCAACAACUGUCCUGAGUGUUAUAAGGCAUUCCCGUGAUCGGUCCAGCGGUGACAAAUUCUUUUAUUCGCACUCUGCAAGAUGAUGCCCACGAAGCACUCACCCAGGCGGAGCCCCAGGCUGGAAGCCUCGGGCGUUCCCGCAACUGCGACCACCACGGCCACAGCAACUGGCACCGCGACCAGCUCUGCGAGUGUGGCUGGUGAUCGGCAGAGGCCACAGACUCCGAAGGAAAGUGGAACAGCCGCCAGGAAAGCGGCAAGUAACCUGCAGCCCGAAGCGACGGGGCAGACUACGGAUUCCACAACUGUAGUGGCGGCCUUAAUGGAAAGGAUCGCACGUCUGGAGUCGGAGCUGGCGAAGGCAAGAGCAAGUGGAGGACAGGCAGGAGCCGCCAGAGAUCCCGUUGGAACCGGGGCACGCGGCGUUGGAGUGAGCGGUGCAGCGAAUACACCGUCAUGUUCGAGUGGAACGCUGCCACAUCAUGGAGCAGCGCCACGGCAGAGCGAAAACCUGCCCAGGCAGAUGAGGGACAAUCUGCAAACGGAUCUCGGAGUGACGCCAUCGCUGCAGUUGCCGGCACAAGUGAGUGCAAAUUUGCCGCCACAAUGGAGUGCGAAUUUGGCGACGACGCUUGGCGGCCAUUGGGCAAACGGACAACCUGUGUCAACAACAACAAUACUGCGGACAACCUGUGUCAACAACAACAAUACUGCGCUAUUCUCCGCCAUCUUGUGUGACCGCCGCAGCACAGCCGGUGCUAUGUUAUGUUCACCCAGAGGUACCUGCGCCAUCGCCCAUAUCAUAUGGAACGCCGACGACAAGCAUACAAGGAUGGACGCCACGCAGACUACCUGAUCUUCCCGAUUUCGAGGGUCAGCCAGAGGAAUGGCCAAUAUUCCUGUGUGCGUUCACGGAGACAACUGCAGCCUACCAGUGCACCGAGUUGGAGAACAACCAGAGGCUAGUGAAAGCCCUGAAGGGAGAGG